AGAGACACUGUCGUCGCACCAGUUCCGCGCCCUGCAGCCGUUGCAGCCUCUAGAGUCUCCAAGCCUUCGACCAACGGGCAUCCUCCCACUCUCUUUGGAUUGCUCAUCGGUAUCGACAAAUACCAGAAUGCUAAAUAUCGACUCGAAGGUGCGGUGGAAGAUGCAAAGGCGGUGGAAAGGUACUUGAAGACCACUUUCCCGUCGUCUCGCCUCCGCGCGCUUCACAAUCAAGACGCUACACGAUCCGCCAUGAUUCGCGAAAUCGAUUAUUUAAUCAAGAACAAAGAUAUUAAACGACAAGAUCCUAUUGUUAUUUUUUAUGCGGGGCACGGUGGCGAGACGGUGCCUCCCGCUGGCUGGGAUACCCAAGGAAAAAAGAUUCAGAUGUUUAUGCCACAGGAUUAUAAUGACGAUGCGGCCGUCAUUACCGAUCUCGGCUUUGCCACUCUGCUCGAAGAGCUCGCGUCCGCACACGGAGACAACAUUCUCGUCAUUUUGGACUGCUGCCACUCUGGCUCCAUGACUCGAGGCGUCGACAACACGGGCAAUGCUGAGAGCACCUCCCGUCGUACUAGGUCCAUUCGCGUCACGCACGAGCUUCCCGAUGACGUCGAUAGAGACAUUUUCCGACGCAAGGGCGCGCGGUCUAUCGCCGUACCUACCACCUUCCAGUACAAUGGUGUCGCCUCGCACGUCUUGUUGGCCGCCUGCGCUGCCAACGAGCUCGCUAUCGAGGAAGGUGGACGCGGUGCCUUUACGAGGGCGCUCCUCAAGACGAUCAACGAUAUCGGCUACCAGAACUUGACCUACGAAGAGUUCAUUCGUCACCUUCCUACCUUGCACAAGCAGACUCCCCGCUGUGAAGGUGAUAAUCGCGGUCGCUACUUUUUCGACACUCAAGCCCCAGCUCGCGACAAUUCGUUCUUCGAGGUGCAAAUGGAGGGCAAUGAUCUCGUGGUCAAGGCGGGUACCGUUCACGGUAUCGACAACAUGACCGAAUUUGCACUGUAUCAACGUCGUGACAAGAAUAGCGCGCCCAUUGGAUACUUUACAGUCCGUAAUGUAAAGGUAUCCUCCUCGACGCUCAAGGUCAACCAUUCGUCGCAGUCUAUCGCCCUCCCUGCGUACGCCAUGGCCGUCAAGUCCGUACGUGUCUCGUACACUGGCAAGUCGGGGCUCAAACAAGUCCACGCUGCUCUCCAAGGAGAGAUGGCGACAAAUGACCCUCGCUUGCAACAGUACGCCGUCGUCCCACGCGACCAAUCCGCCCUCGAGAUCGACAUGUCUGGCGACCGCGUCGUAUUCAAUACGGUCAACCCUCGUCUUCACGCCCUCGGAUACUCUCGCAUGCCGUUCCGCGUCAAAGCGGACGAACCCAAGAUCAUUCGUAGUAUCAUCCAAGCGGGUAGCGAGUUUGACAAGUUUUUGCACCUCGAGCCGGCUACCCGGAGGAUCAAGGAUUAUAUCAAGGUCGAGUUUGUAAAGAUUAUGCGCCCUGCGGAUCGACAUUAUGGGCCGGCUGUGCGAGAUGCGAAUGGCGUCAACUUGUGCAAUGGUGACCUGGUCCAGAUUCCUGCGGGUGAUACGUUGUAUGGGAUCAAGAUUAUCAACAACUCGUCGCAGCAGCUCUAUCCCCACUUGUUUCUCUUUGACUGCAGCGACUUUAGUAUCGACAAGGAUGCCCCCCUCCAGCCUAACGGCGGAGUCCUCACCAUCGGCUACGGAACCGGGGGCGAGAACCCUUGGAGCCACUACGUCCGUGACGAAGAGGUGUUCCAGAGCGGAAAGGUCACCCAAGACCAGCAGAACCUCGACGUCGGCGUCUUCAAGUUGUUCUUGACGACCAAACCCGCAGACCUCUCCUCUAUGGAACAACAGUCUCCAUUCUCCGGUGACUACCGCGCGGCGAGAAAGUUGCAAUGGGACGACCUCGUUCUAUGGGCCAGACCCUUUAUGACUUCAUAUAUACCCUCUUCAAUUUCACGUUUACCUGUAUAUAUUGUACGGCCUCCGCCCCUGAAUUCUAUCCUGAUGGAUCCAAAUGUAUGGAUGGCAGAAGAGCGUAAUGUCCAAUCUCAAGUUCAGAGGAGAACUGAUGGGCGCUUUUC